CUGCUAGCAUUAGAUAAUUCAUCAACAGACACUGCCUCUCUGAGACCUUGUUGAUUCCUUAAGAUCAACUGUAGUACAGUAUCGACCUGGAACAGUAAUGAUGCUUAAUUUCACACAAUUUUGAGUGAGCAAAAAUUCAUGAUUCACCUACAAAUUUUGGCAGAAUUCUGAAUUACUAGUGCUUUUUAAAGACUUUAUGUUGAUAAAUUUUAUCUUAAUCUGUAAAGAACUAACGAGUCUAAAAGCGGGGUGGGAGUUAUUCCAAUGGACUCCUGUAAUUUACUACCAUCUACACCUUAUUAAAAUGCCUCACUUAAUCUCAAAUGAUUUAUCACCAGAUAGUAUUUAAGAAGAAAUUUUUAAGAAUUUUAAUAAUAAAUUAAAUACUUCUAGACAUGUUUAGAACCAAAUCGAGUUUUACCAAUAAUGAAGAUUUUGCAUUUGAAAGCAAAGAGACUCAUGACCUGGACUCUCUUAACAAGCCAGAUACAUUAUUAACCGACGCUAUCGAGCCUGUGAAGCAGAGCCCAUUUCAACUCAAGGUUGCUUCCUCUAAUUGGCAUUUCUGACUCAAUGGAGCAUGACUUUCUGAUGAUAAUGAUGCUGAAGAAAGUUAUUUCAGUAUUCCUAAGAGCAACCUUUUUAAGGAAUAUCUUGAUGAUCUACAGUGAGAAGAAGCCAACCAUCAAGACUAUCUAGCAAAUUUCAUGCAUGAAACUCAGGAUCAAGAACCUUGUGUUGAUAAAUUAAAUUUCGAAGGACCCUUGAUUCAAGCCAAAGCUUGAAUAUAUGAGGAGGAACAUUUGAAACAUACCAACUUUAUUCCAAAUUUAAAGCCUGAGAUAAAAUCUGAAGUAAAGCCUGAGUCUAAACCUUCUCAUAAAAUCACAAGAUGGAGGAAGCAAGAUGACAUUGAGUUGUUCAAAGCAUUUAGAAUGUGUGAACAGCAAGGUCUCAUUACGCUAAAUGAAAUUAGAUGCUUCAAAAGUCCAUCUGAGGUAGCUGCUCACUUAGGAAUACAGAUGAUUAAAGACACUCUUGGGUGUAAACAAUCUCAUAUGUUCCUGGUGAAUCGGAUCAAAAACAAACUGAAUGACUCCUUCUCCAUUAGAGAGACAAAGCUUCUUAAGAGACUUGUUAGGAAGUACGAGUAUGAUAACAUUCCUUACCUACAGUUGUUAGAAAGUUUCUCUGGCAAGACUCUUGAAGGAAUGAAGAGGGCCUGUGAUCACUUGUGUGAGAACAAGAGAAACAAGAAACUGAGCAAAGUUCAGCAGGCUUAG